UGGGGGAGGACAGGGUAGCGGCGGGCGGAACGGUGUCUCCUUCAGUUCGCCCUCCAGCCGCGGCAGCCGCAGCCCGACCGCGAGCGAGCCGAGCGGCCUCAGCGGCGAGCGGAGCGGCGGCGGCCCUCCUCAGGAGACCACCAGAUCGCUUCUUCCCCCGGCCUCGCCAUGGCGACCUACGAGCAGACCUGCGCGCGGCCAAUGUGUAUUCCUCCAUCAUAUGCUGACCUUGGCAAAGCUGCCAGAGAUAUUUUCAACAAAGGAUUUGGUUUUGGAUUGGUGAAACUGGAUGUGAAAACAAAGUCAUGCAGUGGCGUGGAAUUCUCAACAUCUGGUUCAUCUAAUACAGACACUGGUAAAGUUACUGGGACCUUGGAGACCAAAUAUAAAUGGUGUGAGUAUGGUCUGACUUUCACAGAAAAAUGGAACACUGAUAACACUCUGGGAACAGAAAUUGCAAUUGAAGACCAGAUUUGUCAAGGUUUGAAACUGACAUUUGAUACUACCUUCUCACCAAACACAGGAAAGAAAAGUGGUAAAAUCAAGUCCUCUUACAAGAGGGAGUGUAUAAACCUUGGUUGUGAUGUUGACUUUGAUUUUGCUGGACCUGCAAUCCAUGGUUCAGCUGUCUUUGGUUAUGAGGGCUGGCUUGCUGGUUACCAGAUGACCUUUGACAGUGCCAAAUCAAAGCUGACAAGGAAUAACUUUGCAGUGGGCUACAGGACUGGGGACUUCCAGCUACACACUAAUGUCAAUGAUGGGACAGAAUUUGGAGGAUCAAUUUAUCAGAAAGUAUGUGAAGAUCUUGACACUUCAGUAAACCUUGCUUGGACAUCAGGUACCAACUGUACUCGUUUUGGGAUUGCAGCUAAAUAUCAGUUGGAUCCCACUGCUUCCAUUUCUGCAAAAGUCAACAACUCUAGUUUAAUUGGAGUGGGCUACACUCAGACUCUGAGGCCUGGUGUGAAGCUUACGCUGUCUGCCCUGGUAGAUGGGAAGAGCAUUAAUGCUGGAGGCCACAAACUUGGGCUUGCCCUGGAGUUGGAGGCUUAAUCCAGCUGAAAGAAAUCUCUGGGAAUGGAUAUCAGAUUUGGCCUUAAUAUAUUUCCAUUGUGACCAGCAGGCUUUUUUUCCCCCUCGAGAAGGUGAUCAAAACAAAGGAUGAUCUAAACAAGAGCUGUAUUUUAAAUAUUUAGACAGUUAUUUGUUAGCUUGUUUCUAGUUGAAUUGGUUAUCUGUCUAGUUACCAAUGCUGCAGUUGUGCAGUCACCUAUACAUUAUUUAAUGUAUUUAACUGUUUAAUGCGCUACCCACCGAUAAUGAAAUAGACCUUUAUGAAAACUGUGCAGUUGUGUGCAUGUUUGUUUUUAUGUUCCUUUUAACACUGAAUAUUGCCAUUGAAUGAGAUGGAUCAGUGGAUGUUUUAAGAUGAGGUUAGUUUUUGUUAAAUUCAGCCAUCCUUAGAAUUACUUUUGGUAUCCCAGAACAUUAUAAAAUAUGGAUAAAACUAGUAUACAUAAUUAAUGGUUCCAAGUAUUUGCAGAGUUAAUAAUUUGCCAGCUAGGGUCAGAUCUCCCAGGUAUCUAGCUAACUUUAUUUUUCCGGUGAGCAUUUUGCUCUUUACUUAAAUGUGUGCCAUGAAGUCCUCUGUGUCUCUAAAAUAAUUCCAUGAGCUUUUAAAGACUACAAUAAAAUAAGAGGAUACAUGCUUUUACA